CUCAAUGAGACGCUCCAUUCCCUAAUCUGGGCCAACAAUCCCACGCUCAGAGGAGCGCGUGGAAACAUCAAAAUCAUCUGGAUUUCAUAGAUAGAGAAUUUUCGGUCCUGGGUAUCUUGAUAAAGUCUCGUACUCUGCACACUGUACAAAAUAAAACCAUUGAACACGAUGUUCAUUAAUAAUACUAAAUAAUGUAUAAAUUUGCGGCGUUUUCUCACCAACCCAUCUGCUGAUUUAAUUGUGUUUGUUGACAUGUCAAGUCUUUAGCUUCUUAGAUCGAUCAAUCUUCAUUAAUUUUUUUAGUGGGUUGUCGUUUGCUGUUUUCAAAUUCCAUUUUGGAUUUGUAAAGAUCGAAGCUUUUUCUACUUUGGAAGUGAUUUUCUGAUGGAUGCUAAUUCAAGAAGAAAUUCACCAGAUGAUUUCAUAAUUCAUGUGGAUGAUGGUUUAGCAGGUGACCCUUCUGUCCAUCCAGCAGCAUGUGUUAUGUGCAGAAGAACUUUUUCACCUGAUAGUAAUGAUCUUGAAACUAUCAGCGUUUGUGGGGACUGUAAGUUUUUGCUUCUUGAAGACACGGGAGACUCCACACGUGAUUCUGCCCGGAGAAGGAGAACUAGAGGAAGAAGAGCGUGGUAUAAUAGUUCUGAGUCUCUUGAAAAUGUUUUUUCACAACAGUUGUCACAUAUGAUGAAUCUAGCGAGGCACAACCAAUCCGUUGUAUCUGCGAAUGAAAAUCAAUCUGUAGAUGGAGAUGCUUCUGUUAGGCUGUCACAACAUGCUAGCUCCCGUACGACCCCAACUGGUUCUAGAAGAUGGCGGCGGGUUUUCUCAGAUACUGAAAGUGAGAGUUUUGAUGUUUCGGAUUCUCUUUAUGGAGAGAAUGAAACAACUCCCAGUUCCAAUUGGUUAAGGGGAUAUCACGGCGAAAGCGAUACUAUUUCUUUUAGCGCAUAUGGGGGGGACUCUGAUGUAUCUGUUGAUGGACGUAGUUUUCUUGAUACAGAUAUGUUCUUUCAACCAGGUGAGGGAAGCAAUCUUGAUAGUGACACCGACAUUGAUCCAAUGCAUGCUGGUCUCAACCAGUGGGACUCGGAUGAUGAAGACGAGGUGGAAGAAGAUGAUGAUGAUGGUGAAUGGGAAGAAGUUGGCAUUGAGGAAGACCCGGAUGAAUCAGGAGAAACAGGUCCUCGACUUCAAAACUUUUCAAUUUCAAGUCCAAAUGAUGGUAGUCGCUCCAUUAAUUGGCGCCGACAAUUUGAUUCUCCUGAAUUUGAGGGCCUAAUUGAUUGGAGAAUCAGGCAAGGUAGACGAACAUUUACCAGAAACAUCUUGGCUGACUUGGAAGAAUCAGAUAUGCCACAAUACAUGGGUGAUUCCCGGGAUUAUCUCGAUGCAAGAGGCUUUGAAGAAUUUCUUGAACACCUUGUUGACACCGACAGCUCUAGAAGAGGAGCACCUCCUGCAGCUGCAUCCUUUAUGAACAGCCUACCUCGUCUGAUCAUUAAUGAAGAACAUGAGAAACAAGAUGGUUUAGCUUGUGCAAUUUGCAAGGAUGUUCUAUCUAUUGGCACGGAAGUUAACCAACUUCCUUGUUUUCAUCUAUACCACCCUGAUUGUAUUCUGCCGUGGUUGAGCACUCGAAAUUCGUGUCCUCUCUGUAGGUUUGAGCUACCGACUGGUGACAAAGAUUACGAGGAAGGUAAGAGAAGCAGUAGCAAUAGACUUGGAAUACAAGAAAUUCAGCAGCACGAUGAAAGUGAGGAUAGUUCCUCGGAUGACUCCGAUGAGGCUGAAGCUCAUGAAAUUGACCAAGGCGGAAUAGAUCAGAGAGAGCUUCUAGCUGUGGACCCGGCUGUCAGAUGUUCUGGAAGAGAAGGCGGUGGAAGGAGAUGGCUUUUUCUUGCUGCUGCCCCUAUUGUCGGUCUUGUGGGCAUUGUGCUUGUGUAUUGGUUAGGAAAUCCUCACCAGAGAGGGGCUCAUCAUAUUUAUGCUCCCCACUCUUCCGUACCGAGCCAAAGGGGUAACAGAAGCCGUAGAUGGUGGUCUCUUUUCUAAGUAACUGCACGCUUGACUUACAGCAGACCUAACCCUAACAAUUGGCACCAAAUAUGACACCCCCGGAAAGAAGAGUGCCAAUGAACAGUUUUUAGAGACAAAAACUCUUAGAACCCUCUCAAGCAGUUUCACAUCUACAAAUAUAUAAGAAUUUCUUGAAAUCUGAGAAGUAUUAUAGGGCCAGGGGCCUAGCGCCUUUCUCGGAUUAGCCAUCUAAAUUACAUAAACCCGCCAGUUCUCUGGGAGUUAAACUAAGGUUUCUGCAUUUUAGCUUUUGAAGGCCUUUAAAGCUUAUUUCUUCUGCUAUUGCCAUUUCCUGGGUGAAUGGCUUGAUUUAACUACGAUGGAUCCAAUUUCGGACCAUAAUAUGCAUAUUAUUCGUGCUAUUGUGGUUCCUCGGAAUAUUGGACCCCUCUAUUGGGAUGGAGAGGGAGUUGGAUUGCUAUCUCAAUUUUUUUUCUGGUUUGUUUUUGUGUGGGUGAGAUCAUGAUCAUGGAUAAACAAAAUGUAUUUGCAGCUUGUACAGAAGUUAUGCUUAACUUGCCACUUUUUUUUGUAAAUAGAUAAUUAGCAACUGGAUUGCAUGAGGCUGUUUGAGGUGUAACCAAGAUGAGUUAAAUCGACAUGAAAAGUAUUCAAAAUCGAUCA